AUGGUGGGAUUCUCCAGCUUCGCCGGCGCUAGCAUGCCAAUUGCUCUAUUCUCAGACCUGCUGUCAAUUCUGACCCUCCACAUCUACUCGUUUUACCUCGCCUCUGCACGAAUAUUCAACUGGCAAUACACGAUACUACUAUCACUCUUCCAACUGUUUCGCGGUAAGAAACACAAUGUUCUCAGAAAACGAAUCGAUUCUUGCGACUACGAUCUUGAUCAGCUACUCCUCGGCACGAUCCUGUUUACGCUCCUCUUUUUCCUCUUGCCAACUGUGAUUGUGUUCUACCUCACUUUUGCAUGUGCGCGCAUGGCCAUCAUUUCCCUCAAAGCUGCCUUGGACACACUGCUUGCAUGCUUGAACCACUUCCCUCUGUUCGCACUGAUGUUGCGAAUCAAAGAUUCUCAGCGGCUCCCAGGUGGCAUCUGUUUCGAACUUCGAGAUGCCCAACCCAUUCCCUCUUCGCCAAAUAGUCUCACAGUACCUCCGACAUCACACAUCUACCUGAAAUCCGUCCCUCUGACAUUCCGCGCAAUGUUCCACCAAUACUUCCAACUUGGACACCGAAUACGCAAACAUUAUAUGUCGCCACGGGUAUUACUUGGUCUUGCCACAGGGAAAUUCGUACCUCCAAUCCAUCGCAAGAAUCUUUACAGCCUGCAAUACAGCAUGUUACCUGCCAAGCGAGCCGGAGUCAUGGAGAUGUGGCAUGCACUGACUGCAGAGGGGCCGAAAAAAAUGAGCACUUAUGAGAUGAAGGUCAAUGGGAAAAGGUUAAAUGGGACGAGGAGGCAGUACGGGCAUUAA